UUUGACAGAUUUCCUGCUCACGUUGUAAACAAACACCCUCCUCCUUUUGUCAUCCAUUCCCAUUGUCAGAGUCUGGAUAUGACCUUUUCUCUCCUCUCCCUGCCUCUAACCCGGCGUAGCCUUUUCUUUUCCUCCCUUCUCUCUUUCACUGACGAAGACAAGCUGUUGCUGUGCCCCUGCGGGCCACUCCCUCACUUGUCUGCUCCUCUUUCCUCCUCCCCUGCUCUCCUUCUUUCUCCCUCUCCCCACCUGUUGAAGCAAUUGUUGGACAGACCAUAUUGUUGUCUUCUUAUUAGCUGAUGUCACUCACGAGGGUUCCCUCCCCUUUCUACGGUCUUUUUCCUUCCCUCUGUGCCACUCCCUCUUUCUCUCUCCCUGCUGGGUAUAAAACUCAGAGACGAUAGUUGAGGAGUGAUAUUCAGCAGAGGACACCACAGGAAGUCCAAACUAUUUCAACAAGGAAAAAGGAGGAUCUGCAGGGAUUUCCCAGCUUCCAGUUACCUGCAGAACAGCCAGCUUCCUCAGGUGACAGAGGGACACUAGCUGUUGCGUUUCUUCCCAUUUGGACGUAAACAAGUUCAUAUUUUACCCGGCAGGCUGUGCAGAUGGACAGAGGCAUGUCUGUGUCUCUGUGGUGUGAGGAGGUGGAGGACGACCAGAGUCAGGACCAGAGCCAGACUGAGGCACAAGGCCAGGGCCACAUCACGGGCUCGUCUCAGCUGCGAGCAGCCUGGGACCCCACCGUGUCGGGGCAUCGUGUGAUCCAGAGGCUGCUUCAUGUGGAGGAGAGGUACAUGCCCUCCAUGCUCUACAUCACCCUCAUCCAGAGGGAUCCAGAGCGCAGAGAGGAGCUCACCAAAUGGGCCCUGGAGGUGUGUUGUGAGUGCGGCUGUGAUGAGGCAGUGUUCCCCCUGUCUGUCUCUCUGAUGGAUAGGUUCCUGUCUGCCUCUUUGUCUCUACCUGUCUCACCAUACUGCCUGGCUGCUGGCUGCAUCCUCAUCGCCUCCAAACUCACAGAGUGUGACAACGUCACCGCUGAUACUCUGUGUGCUGCAGCUGAAUACAGCUUUCAGCCUUCCAACCUGCGGGAAAUGGAGCGUGUCAUCCUCGCCACCCUGCGAUGGGAUACAGCAGCAGUGACUCCGCAGGACUUCCUCCCACAUUUUCUUGCCUCUGUGGAGGAGAGAGGAGAUGGAGACAGCAGUGACUCUGAGGAGGGGCUGCUCUCCACCCUGCGGCGGCACAGCGACACGCUGGCUGCCAUGUGUGCCUGUGACUCCCGCUUCCUGGGAGCACCACCGUCACUUGUUGCUGCAGCAUCACUGAACUGUGCCCUGCGAGGUCUGGGCAACAAGGGCCCCGCUCACCUGGCGGUUAUGAGUGAAGCACUGGCGGAGCUCUGCCAGACUGACCUGGCAGUGCUGCAGUGCUACAGUGAGAUGAUCGAAUAUGCCCUCCGACAGCGGCUGAGGAGUGGGCUUCAGCAGGGCCCCAUGGAGAAAGAUGAAGAAGUGGAGAACGAAAGGGCCGGGACACCUACUGACAUGAGAGAGAUUGAUUUCUAAACACUGAAUCAGCUGUUGCAUUGAAAGUGUGAAUCAAUCAAAACCUCUCAAGUUCAUCAGUCAAACUGAUAUAAAUUGAUUAUGACCUCAAAAUGUUCUUACAUUUAUAUUUUGAAAUUAUUUUAUUGAGUGACUGUUAAUUUAUUUUUUGAUUUAUUUAUUUGUGAACAAUUUUGCAACUGUGUUUUUUCCAUGUGCCAUAUUUUAUUAUCUAUUUCCAUUAAUUUUAUUGUAGGCCUAGAUGUUAUUUUGAUGCAUAAUAUUUAUACCUUUUAUUUAUUAUCACGUGCAAUUGUUGACUCUUUUGAUGUUAAUUUAUUUCUAUUUGCCAUGACUUUGUCUUUGUGUACUGAAUUAAAUAUACAACAAAUCUAUUUUUCAAAGCAAUUAAACGUUUAAAACGUUUGUACAUACUUUGUAUCCAUGUAUUAUUUACCAAUGGGAUAAUGCUACCUUCAUUUACUAUUCAUAGGCUGGUACUUUUGAGCUUUCAGCUUCUGCUACAAUAACACAAUUCCCCACUAAAAGAACAGUGACAAGAACAAAUAUGUUGGUG